CUUCCAUUGAUAAAAAUCGAAAUUUUUUUCUGUUAGAAUUUCAAACCUUUUCAGUCAAUUUACGACCGACGGUUUGAUCUUACUACUCACGAAUACAAAAUUCAAUUGAUUGACGAAGUCUAUCGACAUUCCUACGAGAAGUAUCCGAUCAAAAUGCAGUCCAUUCGUCGCGCAGCUGUGCGGGCAGCACGCUCUUCCGCCAUUGUCGCUGUUCCUAGACAGCAGAUUGCAUCUUUCGCCAUGCAAGUGAGCAAAGCCAACGCACGGCCUGCCAUGAUGCUGCCUCUCGCCCGUUUCUUCUCACAGACGUCGCGGGUUGCUCAAAAUGAGAACUCUGGGGAGGGUGAAGAAGCUGAUGGAGAGGUCACUGAAACUCCCGCUACCCCCGCAUCCUCAGCUGAGGUUGUCCCGGGUACCACUGUCUUCGUUAGCAACAUGACGUUCGAUGCUACCGACAUACAUGUUCAAGAAGCAUUCAGCAAGUAUGGAGAGAUCACCAAUCUCAAGAUUGCGCGAGAUGGUCGAGGCUUAAGCAGAGGGUUUGCCUUCGUCACGUUCCAGGACCAGGAAGCCGCCGAUCGCGCCGUUGAGGAAGCCAACAACUCGUUCUGGCACGGCCGUCGCAUCUAUGUGAACUACAGAAAGUCAGAAGGAUCCUCGACAGGAAAUCGCAACGCGAACCCGCUGGAACCGACUGACUCAUUGUAUAUCGGCAACAUCCCGUAUGAGACGUCUGAUGCUGAUCUGAACAAAAUCUUCCGGGAAUUGGACAAUGUGACGGACGUGCGCGUGGCCGUAGACCGCAACACGGGCUGGCCUCGCGGCUUCGCCCACGCUGACUUCGCGGACGUCGAGAGCGCCAUGAAGGCACACGAGAAGCUGCGCAAUAUUACCGUGGGAGACCGCACCCUCCGCGUCGACUUCGCCCAGAACAGGAAACCCAAGAUUUAAGGAGUGCCAGUUCUGACAUUUCUCGCGGCGAGCCUGGAGUUGUGUUCUCAUUACUCAUUACUCACGAAACGAUAUCGGUGGGAUGAUGAGGUUUGCGACGUGACCGAGAAGACAUCAUGAUGGAAGGAUGAAGAGGCAUGAUAUCUAUGAGGUCCUUGGCGGAAGUCCAUUCAAAAGAGAUAGAGGACUAGGCCACUGUAUGUAACAACAACACAUUCUAUCUGUAGAACGGCCGUUUCUACGCAAUAAGGCUCGGCGGUUGACACAAAAUGAGUGGCAUGGUGGCAUGGUAUCGAUGAAAUUAAAUGUACAAAAUCUCCCUUCUUCAAAUGGCAUGAAUUAUGAU